CAACACACGAGCCAUUCUUGGCACCCGUUCUUUACCGCCCCGCGUCGCUCUCGUCUACAAUAAACAAGCAGUCCCACCUCCGUCACCUAAUGUGCCACCCCGUCCCUGUCCGCGGCGCAGCUUCUUCUUGUUCUCCCGCUUCCGCGGUCCGCCGAGGUAACCCUCGAGCUAACUUAUUUGAGAUCCAUUAAACCAGUGUGGAAGAAUUCCAAGUCUCCCGGUCUCGGCCCCCAUGAUGGUUCUUGGCAGCGUUGUGCGUUUCCACACAUCGGGAACGGCAUCGCGCUCCUGCCUCGCCUGGGUUUGAGCAUUUGGGGCUUCUUCGUCGCCUGCCGCUUCUGAUUUGGAGUUUGUUGAUAACUUGAUAUUGCUCAAGAUGAUUGGAGUCUUUCUUAUCUUUUAUGGGGCUAUUAUGACCAUAUCACCUACUUGCAUACUGCAUGUCGCACAAGCAUGGAGUACGGAUUCAUUAGAAAUCGGUGCAUUAAGGAUUAUCAGGGGCAGUUUGAUUGAUAACAUGAACAACCUCAAAUCUUGGAGCAAAGGAGAUCCAUGUACAUCGAACUGGACAGGAAUAUUUUGUUAUCCUGCACCAAAAGAUGGGUACCUGCAUAUACGAGAACUGCAACUGCUGAAGUUAAAUCUAUCGGGAACUCUGGCGCCUGAGCUUGGGCUUCUGUCUCAUUUGGAAAUAUUGGAUUUUAUGUGGAACGGCAUACAUGGAACCAUCCCAAAGGAGAUAGGCAACAUCACAUCCUUAAAACUUCUGCUUUUAAAUGGCAAUCUUAUUUCUGGUCCUUUACCUGAUGAGAUUGGUAACCUUUAUAAUCUGAAUAGGCUGCAAAUAGACCAGAACCAAAUUUCUGGGCCAAUACCUAAAUCAUUCGCUAAUUUGAGAAAAAUAAAGCAUCUGCACAUGAACAACAACUCGUUGAGUGGGCAAAUUCCACCAGAGUUGUCUAGACUGCCAAUCUUAUAUCAUUUCCUAGUGGAUAACAAUAACUUUUCUGGAUAUCUUCCACCAGAACUUGCAUCCCUGCCAUCUCUGAAAAUCCUUCAGCUUGAUAAUAACAAUUUCAGUGGCAGUUCCAUUCCAGCUUCUUUCAGCAACAUGACAAUGCUUGUAAAAUUGAGUCUCAGAAACUGCAGCUUGCAAGGAGCUAUUCCAGAUUUGAGUCAGAUACCUCGACUGGGCUAUUUGGAUCUCAGUUGGAACCAGUUGAAGGGGCCAUUACCAUCUAAACUUUCGAUUGAUAUAACUACCAUUGUUCUAUCACAUAACUACCUUAAUGGAACUAUACCUUUAACCUUUUCUGGACUGCCUAAACUCCAAAAAUUGUCCCUUGCAAACAAUCUACUUACUGGCUCUGUUCCGUCCUCUAUUUGGCAGAAUAUGACUUUUAACACAAAUGACACUCUUCUCUUGGACUUCCAGAACAAUUCUCUCACUGAUAUAUCAGAUGAUUACAGUCCUCCUGCAAAUGUCACAAUCUUGCUAUAUGGAAAUCCUGUCUGUGACAGUGAAAACCAACUCGAUAUAGUCCAUUUUUGUCAGUUGAAGACUAUAAGCGAAGCAUCUAGAAAUUCAACAAAGUCUAAAAUCAUGUGUAGGCGAUGCCCAGUGGAUAAAGAUUAUGAGCACAAUCCAUUAUCUCCUAUGCAAUGUUUGUGCGCUGUACCACUUGGAGUUGGAUUUCGGUUGAAAAGCCCAGGAAUAUCAGACUUUCGUUCAUAUAUUAAUGAUUUUGAGAUCAACCUGACUUCACUCCUCCACCUGUUUGUCUAUCAAUUGUAUAUUGACUCCUUUAUAUGGGAAAGUGGACCGAGGCUGAACAUGCAGUUAAAGUUAUUUCCUAGUAAUGUCAGUGUUUUCAAUGUAAGUGAAAUCUUGAGACUCAGAGGCAUCCUAGCUGGAUGGGAGAUUACACUUUCAGAUGUUUUUGGACCAUAUGAGCUCCUUAACUUCACAUUGGGAUCUUAUGCAAGUGAUAUUCCAGAUGCUUCAGAGUCAGGGUUAAGCAAAAAUGCUAUGGUAGGCAUCUUGGUGGGUGCUGUUGCUGGUGCCAUUGCUGUAUCUGUAGCUGUUACAGUACUUAUCAUGAGAAGAUAUCGUGGUUAUCGAGCCAUUUCAAGAAAACGAUCAUCAAUGAGAACUUCAAUUAAAAUCAAUGAUGUAAAAUGCUUUACGUUUGAAGACAUGGCUCGAGCCACAAGCAAUUUCAGCAACUCCACGCAAGUAGGCCAAGGAGGGUAUGGAAAAGUAUAUAGAGGAACUUUAGUCGAUGGAACACCUGUAGCCAUAAAAAGAGCACAAGAAGGAUCUGUACAAGGUUCAAAGGAGUUCUCAACAGAGAUAGAGUUAUUGUCAAGGUUGCAUCACCGUAAUUUAGUUUCUUUAGUUGGAUACUGCGAUGAACAAGAUGAACAGAUGCUGGUCUAUGAGUUCAUGCCUAAUGGCACUCUGCGUGAUCACCUUUCUGCUAAAUGUACAGAACCUCUGAGUUUUUCUAAGCGGUUGCACAUUGCACUGGGUUCUGCUAGGGGCAUCUUGUAUCUACAUAGUGAAGCAAAUCCUCCAAUUUUUCAUCGUGAUAUUAAAGCAAGCAAUAUAUUAUUAGACUUCAAAUUUGUUGCUAAAGUAGCUGAUUUUGGUCUCUCGCGACUGGCCCCUGGACAUGACGCUGAAGGCAUCACCCCUGGUCAUAUUUCAACUGUAGUAAAGGGCACUCCAGGAUACCUUGAUCCGGAGUAUCUUCUAACUCACAAGUUGACAGAUAGAAGUGAUGUCUAUAGUCUUGGGGUUGUAUUUUUGGAACUCUUGACUGGGAUGCGUCCAAUUUCUCAUGGCAAAAACAUAGUUAGAGAGGUGAAAACUGCCUGUCAAUGUGGAUUGAUGUUCUCAAUCAUUGACAGCCGCAUGAAUGCUUACCCUUCGGAAUGCAUGGAGAAAUUUAUUUCUUUGGCUCUUGGAUGUUGCCACGAUGAGACUGAUGUGAGACCGUCGAUGUCUGAAGUAGUUAGGGAGUUGGAAAACAUACUUCACAUGAUGCCUGAGGAUGCUACAUCAGAAGAUCUGGUAACAGAUUCUAGCAAGAUAGUCUCAGUCUCAUUUGUAUCAUCAGAAAGCUCAGGUGCAGAUCACCUUGUCAGCAGUGGAAUCCCUGCUGUUGCGGCCCGAUGAAACCACCAUGCCUUGUUUCCACUUUCCACCAUGUAUAUGUUUAGUACUUUUCUCUUUUCUUUCCUGAAUCUUCACUUCAAGAUACAGAUUAAGUUUGAAACACGAAAAUUAAAAAAAGAAAUAUUUAUAGGAAUAAUCUAAUAGUUGAUGUUCACUUUUCUCAUGACUAUCUGAAGGGCAUAUUUUCAAUAAGAAUCAUCAAAUUUACUAA